AUCCUGAAACUCACCACUUACAUCCUUCAAGAAACAAGCCCUCUCACAAGAAGACCAGGCAAGAUAAGAUAAAUAACACUUUCAAAAUGAAGGACCGAAAUGGCUGGGACGGAAAACUGAGGGUUGACGACUCCGAGAAUCGACGAGCUGUUCUCACGAACCCAGAAGCUUUGGAGGACCCUGAUUACUCGGAUGAGGAUGCUCCUCCCGUUGAAGAAAUUGACGCAGAUGAGGGUAUUCUCUCUUUUUUAUGUCUGUUAACUGGGAUUACCUUGUUGAUCUUAUCUCUCGUAUAGAUCUACUCGAGGACGAGGAUCCUGAUGCCGAAGAUAUAGAUCUAGUGCAUUUACGGAUAUCGAAUAUCGCUGCCUUGAAGCUAGAACGAUUCACCAAGCUCGCAAGAUUGUGCCUCCGCCAAAACCAAAUCAGUCGCAUCGAACUCCCCUCCAACCUCGGCCAAACUUUGAAAGAGCUCGAUCUCUACGAUAACCUGAUCAGUCACGUCAAGGGUCUGGACGACUUGACCAAUCUCACUCUACUCGAUUUGAGUUUCAACAAGAUCAAACAUAUCAAGAACGUGUCGCACUUGACGGAAUUGACGGAUAUAUUUUUUGUGCAGAAUAGGAUUUCGACGAUAGAGGGGCUUGAUGAGUUGGUACAUUUACGGAAUUUGGAGUUGGGAGCAAAUCGGAUUAGGGAGAUUCAAGGUUUAGAUAAUCUUCGGGCAUUGGAGCAGUUAUGGUUAGGAAAGAACAAAAUUACGGAGAUGAAGAAUCUGUCAAGUCUUUCCAACUUGAAAAUCCUCUCCAUCCAAUCCAACAGACUCACCAGCAUCACCGGCCUCAGUGACCUCCACAGCCUCGAAGAACUCUACAUCUCCCACAACGCACUCACCGACCUCUCCGGUCUCGAAUCAAACACAAACCUCCGCGUGCUCGACUUUUCCAAUAACCAAGUCUCCAAACUCGAAGGAAUAUCACAUCUCACUCAAAUAGAAGAAGUCUGGGCAUCCAAUAAUGGCUUAUCGAGCUUCGAGGAAGUUGAGCGUGAAUUGAGAGAUAAGGAGAAACUAGAGACGGUGUAUUUUGAGGGAAAUCCGUUGCAGACGAAGAAUCCGGCGUUAUAUAGGAAUAAGGUCCGGCUUGCGUUGCCACAGCUUAAGCAGAUCGAUGCUACUUAUGUGCGUCUUUCUUGAUGUACCAAUGGCUGUCGGAUGGAUAGAGCUGCGAAAACGGGAUGUAUUAAUGAGGUUACGUAUUGAUAUAGGCUGGAUUCUCUCGUUUACAGUAUUAAAAGUAUCAUAGGUGGCGUUCCGAGUAUAGGCUCCUAAUCAUCAAUGGACCU